GCCAUCUGGUGGCAGUCGCAUGCACCAAUAAUUAUGGCCACGUCCACUGUUCGGAUUUUGGGAAAAAUUAAAUUUUGUCUGUUUAACUAAUUAAAAUUUAUUUAUUUAUUUAACUUAAAAGGAUAAUAACCAUGAAAAUAUUGCUAACUAAUGGCUGCUAUUCAUUUAACUAUAAAACAAGUUAGUUGUCAAUCUGAAGAUAUUUCAUUUGAAAAGGAUUCCAUUAAUGGACUUGAAAAUCUUGUUAAUCCUGAACUGGAUUUUAAUUUAAACCAAAGUAUGGAUGGAGACUUAUCAGAAAAACUAGAUGAGAAUCUAGAUAAUUCUUCUCUUAUUAAUGAUAUUCAACCCAGUAGUUUUAAUGAAAAAGUGCCAAAUGUUAAUACAGUUACUUCUAAACAUAGUGCCUUAUCAGAAGGAGAUUUUUUAUAUAGUUAUGAUUCACUUAAUAUAGCUUAUCCUAAUAUAUCACUUCCAGUAGCCCAAUAUAUGACACAACAUAAUCCACAUAUCUUUGAAAGUGCUGCUAAUUUAUUAGAUAAACAAGAUAAAAAUUUUAAAGUUGAAACAUUGAACACUUUCAAUUAUCCUCCAUCUCCAUUAAAAUCUAUGUCUAAAACAUCAGAAGCUUUGGCAUUACAACAGAGUGUAAUAGGAAAAUUACCAGUAAAACCAGUAUCUCCUGAAAUAGUGGCAGAAAUUGUAGAAAAAACACGUCGUUCUUCCAUUCCAAAGACUUCAAGUCCACAUAAUUUUAAAGAUAAAAUAUUUCCAUUAAAUACUAAAAUUCAAGAAAAAGACAAUUUAUUACCCAUUAAUAAUCUGCCUGUACUGUAUAAUGAAUUAGUUAAAUAUCCUCCUGAAUCAAUCAAUGCUGUUGUGGAGAAGAAAUCUUGGUUUUCUAGUAAAACUGUUACCAAUGGAGUUAAUUCAACAUCAUCAUCUGAUCAUUCACCUGCAAAAUCUCAGGAAAAAUCACGGAAUCGAAAAAAUAGCCAAAGUAGUCGAAGUAGCACAAGUUCAAAAAAAGGAAAAUGUACAGAAAUGGUUGCAACUCAUAGUAAGAAAAAUAUAUCAGAAGAUGUCAUAAAUCGAUUAGAAAAAGAAAGAAAUAAUCCACAAACAAAACUACAGCGAAAAGUAAUGAAUACUAAUAAUUAUUCUGCUUCAGAACCAGAUACUUUAUCAUUUAUAUCUGAUAAGUGUGAUACUGAAUCUACAUUUUCAGAAGUAUUUGAUACUGAGUCUAACAUAUCAGAAAUAAGUGGACUAGAUGAAGAAAUGUUUAGAAUUAAAAAACUUUUAAUUGAUGUUCCCAAUUCCUCACUAAUUUCUAAUGAAGCAAGUUCUCAGACUAAUUUAUUAAAUAUUUUGGAUGAUAAAUCUGAAAAAGAAUUCCUUACAGAAGAAACACAAACAAUGAGUGACAUAAGAAAUCAAGCCACAGAAACAGAAAAUGAUUCUGAAUUGUUUAAAAUUCUAAGAGAGAAAGCACAUUUAGAAGGGCAAUUAGUUACUAUCAAAAAUGAAAUGGACACUAUUUUAAAAGAAAAAACAAAUCUCCAAAAGAGUCUUGCAUUGUUUGAAGCACAGUUACAAAUGCAAACACAAGAAACUAAUUUAGCUGUUAAAGAAAAAGAAAUUGCAUCACAACAACUGGAAAGAUUACAACUGGAAUGCAAACAAUGGGAUAGGGUUAUAUCGGAAUAUCAAAAUAGAAUAGAGGCUAAAAAUUUGGAAAUUAAAGCCUUAAAAGAAGAUCUAUCAGAAACAGAAACAACAAAUGAAAAAUUAAAAAUUACUAUUGAAAAAAUGAAUAUUGAUUUAGAAUCCAAAGAAGGAGCUGUAACAGGCUUAAAAAACAAAAUAGCUGAAUUUCAUGUUGAAGUACAAAUGUUAUUACAAAAUAAAGUUCAACUAGAAAAUGAUAUCAAAGGUAUUAGAUCAGAAAUGGAAACAUUACAAAAAUCAAAAGAAUGGUAUCAAGAACAACUUUAUUCAGUACAGGAGAGUCGGAAUAAAGUUCACCGUGAAUUAAUUUCAGUUCAAGGAAAUUGUAUUGCAUUGUCUAAUGUUAUAGAACAAUUGAAAGAUGAAAAUAAUCAAGUCAAACAAAAAAUUAUUGAAACUCAGCAAAGAGCUGUAAAGGAGAAAGAAGUUUUGAUGAAUCAUCUUGAAAAUAUUGAAGCUGACAUGUUAGAAAGAGAAAGCCUUUUUCAACAAAUUGAGAAAGAUCAAGGAAAUGCUGAAGAAAUAUUAACUGAAAGGGCUAAGAAGGUAGAAGAGGAACGCAUCAAAUUGACAAAUACUAUGUACAAAGUUUCAGAUUUAGAACAUCAAGUGGAAACUCUGAAACAAGAUUUAGAAGAAAGAAAACAUUUUACAAGUAGUUUAGAAAAAAAUCAUUCAGAAUUAAUGAAGCAAGUUACUUUAUUACAAAAGAAUAUUAAAGAGAAAGAUCUAGCAAUACAACAAUGGGAACAAAAUUACAAAUCUCUAGAACAGAAAUUAAAACAUUCUGAAUUAGAACUUAAUUCGAGAGAAGAACAAAUAUUUGCAUUAAAGAGUGAAAAAACAGCAAUUGAGGUUUCACUUGCUGCUGCAAAUGAAGAAAAAAAGAAUGUUGAUGAUGCCUUAAAAGUAGUUAAAGAUAAUUUGAACAGAGUUGAAACUAAUUUUAAGCAAAUGAGAACAGAAUUAGUAUCAAAAUCUUCUCAAGUUGAGCAGUUAAUGAAGGAGAAACAUCAUUUAGAAGAAACCUUUCAAAAACUAGAAGAACAGUCUUGGCAACAAAAGAAAACUUUUGAAGCUCGUUCUUCAACCGAUAAUCAAAAUCAAGAAAUUAUAAUAGAUGAUCUUAAAAAACAAAUAAAAGAUUUAAAAAAUAUAAUAGAAGAAGUUAAUAAAAGCCAGAAAGAAGAUAAACAUAAUGCUCAGAAAAUUUGUCUUGAUGCAGAAAAAGAAAAUGAAAAUCUCAAUCAACAAAUAAAUAAUUUACAGAUGUCACUAGAAGAAGAGAAAAAAUUAAACAAAAUUCUUAAGAAACAAUACAAUUCUCUUCAAGAUAAACUGGAUGAAUGUUUAAAAGAUAAUUCUUUAUUAACGAAUACAAAACAAAAAGUUUCAAAAGAAAAUAUAGUUUCUUCAGAAUUAUUUAAUAAUUUAAAACUUUCUGAAAGUUUACAAGAUGAAUUGAAAACUGCAUGCCAAGAACCUGAAAAACAAAGAAUGUAUAAAUCUAUUAUUAAGAUUUUAAUCAGAAAAUUGAAUGAAAAAGAUAAGAAAAAAAUUAGCACUGAAAAGAAGAAAGCAGUAAAAGAAUUAAAAGAAGUUGGUGUACAGAUUUUUGAAGAAAAAUAUACUAGUAAUGAAGAGCAUUUUCCACAAGAUGAUUAUAUCCAAAAAAUACAAGAAUUGGAACAUAAAAUAAAUAUGUUGAAUGAAGAAAAUGGAAGACUUCAAGAAGGAAAUAAAAUUAAUGAAGAAUUUGAAUUUAAAAUUAAUAGGCUGGAAGAUGAAAUUGCUGCAUUUAAAAAAUUGAAUAAAGAACAAGAAAGUGAAAUUGAAAAAAAUAAAUGUGUCAUUUUAGAAUUAGAAAAAGAGAAAGGACAAUUAACAGGAAUGAAUAGUAGCCAUGACAUAUUAAGGAAUCAAAUAUUAGAUUUGGAAAAGCAAAUAACAAGUAAAGAAAAAACUAUUUCUUAUUUGGAACAACAAAUGCAAAGUAUAGUACAACAUCGUGAAGAAGAAGAAAGUAAAUUAAAAAGUAGAAUAGAAAUUAUGGAAAAAGAUUUGCAAAAAGAGAAAACUUUGAUUAAAGAACUCCUACAUCAAAAAUUUCAAGAAAAAAGAGAGAACAGUCUGCUAAAGAGACAAAUCACAAGUCUGAAAUCUGGAUUAGAGAAAGCAAAUCAAAUAGCAGACUCAAGACAAAAUGAAAUUGCAAAUAUUAAUAAAGAACUUAAUAUUAAAUAUGAAAUGGAAUUAAAACACAGGUCAGAUAUGGAAUGUUUGCAAACUCAGUACCGACAGAAACUAUCAGCUUUGGAACAGUUACAGAAGGAAGUAGAUGAAAUGAAAGGUCGGGAUCCUGCAUUAGCCGAACAAAUAAAGGCUCUCAGUUGGCAUCUUAACGAAAAAAAUCAAGAAAUAGCAAUGCUAAAAGAACAAAUAAAAAAUAAAGAAAGUAGAUAUUCUGAAGAAAUUAAAAUCCUGACUAAUAAGCUCCAGUCUGUUCAUGAUGAAACUGAAGCUCUCAAAAAGGAAUUAACAAGUUGUAGGAAAGAGAAGUUCAAUUAUCAAGCUAAAGUUACACAUUUACAAACAGCAUUAAAAUCUAGUAUUAAACAAAAUGAACAAUUGAGAACGCAAAUGCAAACAGGAGGUAGUCUGUUAAAUUUGUCGCUACCAGAUGCUCCUGCUCCAUAUGAUGAAAAAUCAAUUGCUUUAUUACUACAACAAAGUUCAGUUCUUCCUGAAAGUCGUCCUCUGAAUAAUUUGCAAGCAUGCCUCAAUUCUCUGAAACAAGAAAUGGCAGUUUUGCAAAAACAGUUAGAAGACCAUGGACAAGUAACAAACAAUUGAACAUUUGAAGAAGAAAAAAUUAGUCUCUACUUUGUACAAAAUAAAUUUUUAAUAUUUUUUAAUAAAUGUACUAAUUUAUUUCAUUUCCUUGUUAAAUUUAUAUUAUGUAAUUGCACUUAAUUACUUAUGAUCAACUUUGUACCCAAAUUUUAUCAAAUAUGACAAUUAACUAUAAAAAUUAGAUAGAUAUAAAGGAUUCUUAAAAAAAGCAUUUAGCAUUUAUAUUACAAAUAGUACACACAUUACUGAGUAAAAAAAAUCUUUAGUAAACCUAGGUCAAACACAAACUGUUUCUGAAAUAUUAAUGAUUCUGUAUGUUAAUAUCGUGACUGGCUUAUAGGUUUCUACAUAUUGCAUACAACAUGGAAAGAUAAUAUUUACCUCAAUAUAUACAGUUGUUCCAUGUAAUAUUCUCCCAUUUCCACGCACACUUGGCAUCUUAGAGUUAUAAACUCUCAAAAAUUCCAGGUCUUUGUUGGAUUAUUUAUUUUAGAAAUAGUUGUGUUUUGCACUUAUAUAUACUAAGGGAUUUUUACUCAGAAUGAUGUGAACUAGCUACCAUAUAAAUACUGAAUGCUUUUUUUAGCACCCUGUCUAUUGAUUCAAAUAAAAACUUUUAUUUACCUUGUUUUAUUUAAGUAAAUUUUAAAAAUAUAAAGUUUUCAAGAAAAAACUAGUGAUUGUUCUAAAAUGUAGAAAAACUUAUACCUAUUUUGCAAUACUUUC